CGAAAGUAGAAGGUAACACGUGUGAUUUGUAAACACACUGACACUUCCUUACGGGUUUUAUUGUUUGAAAGUGGUAAAUAGGUGCUUUUACAAAUGAAUGUUAUAAUUAUGUAUGUUUGAUUUAGUCAUAAACCUGCUAUUAUCCAUAUUCACCUUUUUCGUAAACUGAAACUUUGCACAUCAUUAUAUAAAAAGUACAAAAAUUAAAAAUGGGGAAGACUAACAAAAAUAGAAAUAAGAAAAAUGUGGUGAAGGAUUUACCGAUGCUAUCAAAGGACAAUGAAAUUUCAAGUGAUGUUAAAGAUAUUCCGUUCGAUUUGAAAAAAAUAAUGCCGAAUAAAACUGGCCCAAAACCAUCAAAGAAGCAAAAUUCUACAUUUUCUUCUGCAAAUCAAAUGCAAUUUAAGAAAGAAAAUGUCCAUGAAAAAGAGAAAGAAUUGAAAGACAACAUGGACAAAGAUGAUACUCAAAAGAAGGAAAAUAAAGUAACUAAAGGCACAAAAUCUGGUAAACAGUCUUCAAAUAAACAAACAUAUUCAGCAUUUCAGAUGAAAUUAAAUGAAACUAAAAAUGCUGAAAAAGAUCCCAAAACCAGCAUUGGUUUUGUGCGUGAGAAAAAGAAAAUGAAACUCGAUUCAACUUCUAAAGUGGCAAAAUUAGAUGAUGAGCUUGUAAAAACCGAUAUUACACCAACUGGGAAAAAACACAAAACCUCUGCUUCUGAGAAGAAGAAAAGAAAAACAUCAUCAUCUAAAUUGGAAAAUCUAGAUGAGCCUCCAGAAAAAGUACCGUUUUCUCCUUGCCCAAUACCUAUCAAAGAAACACAUGCUUCAGAAUCUGAGAAGGAUUUGGAAAUCUAUACAAAGCCUGUCAGAGGGAAAAAGGUGAAAAGAAAAAAUGCAGAAACACCAGAAGCUAUGAAAUCUGGAACUGAGUAUGCUGAUAUUGAUAGAAGUCAAUCUGGUGCACUCGCAUCUUCAGAUAAAUCACUUACGAAUGCAGAAGACGGUUGUGACAGUAUUACACUGUCAGGUAAGAAGCGAAAAGGUGUGCAAGGGAAAGCUGUAUCAGAGACUACACCAAAGAAAAGAAAAUCCCAAGUGAAUAUAGAAGCUGUGGAUGACGAGACUAAGGUCCAAGAGACUGAGACACAAGUACCUGAGGAGAUUAAUAAUGUUCAACACUCAUUGUUUGAUCUCAGCACCUCGUCGUCAUCAGAAUUGAAGCGGCCUAUAGCAGUCAGCGGACCAGAUGACAGCGUUAUAUUGGUACUGUGUCAUCCUUCAGAAGUAACAGUGAAGGGACGCGUGAGGGUACAGUGUCUAGUGGGUGCAGCAGAUGUAAUGGCAUUCAGUCUAAAGCCUGGGAAUAAGGCUGUUGAUAUUUACUCCCCAACUUGUAAUAGCCUAAUUACCAUAGCUACACGCAUUGGCGAGAAUAAUGUCGCUUGUGCCCUUAGUGACAUACAAAAGGUAUGUAAGACCAAGGAAAAUCAGUUGAAGAACAGUUUAGAAGAAAAACAGACAUUUGUGGUGUUGCUUUUUCAAAAAAUAGACACGUACAUGUGCAAGUUUAUUUCCAGUUUUCAGCCUUAUGCCAGCAUUUUCAAACUGUCGGGUGAUCGGUCAGCUUUAAAUAAAAUGUUGUUACCACUUGAGGUCUUGUUGCCCUAUGACAAUGGUGAAUAUCCCACAGUGCAGGUACCAGAAGAACUGGCCUUAGUGCUGAAAGGCUGGGAAGAGGACCUUAACAGUGAAGCAUGUCCAGUCAUUGCUGUAUGUGGUGGAAAGAACUCGGGCAAGUCUACAACUAACAGGCUCCUUAUCAACACAGCUCUGAAUGUAUGCGAGAGUGUGUACUACUUGGAGUGUGACGUAGGACAGACAGAGUUCACCCCAUCAGGCGUUGUCUCUCUUGUCAGAGUACAGUCCCCUGUUGCUGGUCCACCAUUCUGCCAUCAGACAGAACCAGUAUGUGCUUACUACUAUGGUGGUUUGAGCCCGAAGGAUAACCCGGACCAGUACCUGUGUUACCUUGCAAUGUGCAUGGAGAAGUAUAGGGAGCGGCCUGGGGCCCUUGUGGUCAACACCAUGGGAUGGAUGAAAGGCCUGGGAUGGCAAUUGCUGUUGGACACAGUACGUCUGACAUCGCCUAAUCGUAUUGUACAGCUGACGUCACACAACAAGUACGACAACGUAGACCUUCUUACAGCCGCCUCAUUGACUGAAACCAGCUGGUCUCAACUGUCACAGCUAUAUGAGGGGCCAAAAAUACCACACAAAGAGACCAGAAGGCCAAUUUUUUUCUGUAUUGAGCAACCUCUGUUUGAAAGCUACGACUUUAAGCUGAUUGCAGCUGAUUAUAGAAACCUAAGUAUCCUCAGUCACCUUGGAAAAGAUAUUGACUGCGGAAUGACCUUGAACUCAUUUUACCCAUAUGAGGUCAGCUGGAAUGACAUGUGCGUUCAUGUGUGCAACUUAGAUGUGCCAAGGUCACAGAUUAUGUAUGCAUUAAACGCUAGCCUCAUAGCGCUGUGUGAAGCAGACGCCACAGAGGGUGAAAGGCAUGUGGAAGGAGGACCAGUAUUUCUGCCUCCGAAUGCAGUUUGCAAGUGGGUCGGCUUUGGAAUUGUGAGAGGUAUUGAUCCCAUGAAGAAGAUGUUUUACAUCACAACAUCUGUGUCAGUUGAGAAGCUUAGUGCUGUAAAUGCCAUUGUUAAAGGAGCAGUAACUCUACCCGAGCAUCUCCUCACGAAACAGAAAGGUGUUAAGUUAGCGUAUGCAGAUGAGGUGGUGUCUUCAACUGGAAUACAUUGUAAAAAGCGACGUAAACGCCUGACACGCCAAGGGUUUACAUCCCCAAAGUCUUGACCUUAGUAGUCCCUGCAUAUUGAUUAUCAUCCUCAGAAUCUUCAAGUUCAAGUGUUCCCGUGUUGUUAUAAAUUUAUGGAUGGUGUUAAAUUAAUUUGAAGUAUUGAAAACGUUUAAAUAUCACAAAUGUCUAUACCUCCAAAUGCUUUGCAUAGACCAAUCAAAGGAAGUGACCUCAGUUUCAUUCUUUUGUGUGUGUUUGUUGUGCACUUGUUUGUCUUGUAUGGUAGAUUUCUUUUGCGUCUUAUUGUUACUCCAUCGGUUCCUUGUCAUAGAUAAAGGACUGUUUAUGAUAAGGUUCCUCUUCUGUUUGUGCACUGAGGCUUCAAUUUUUUAUUUCAAGUGCUCAAGUCAGCACCAAUGUCUGGAAUUUCAAGUGCUCAAGUCAGCACCAAUGUCUGGAAUUUCAAGUGCUCAAGUCAGCACCAAUGUCUGGAAUUUCAAGUGCUCAAGUCAGCACCAAUGUCUGGAAUUUCAAGUGCUCAAGUCAGCACCAAUGUCUGGAAUUUCAAAUGCUCAUGUACGGAUUGACAUCAACAAGUGAACAACGUAUUUAAUUUCAGUGUUCCUUAAUGGAUUGACAUCACCAUUUUCUGGAAUUUCAAGUGUUUUUGUAUGAUUUUGAGUCACAAACAUCUUAAAAUUUCAAGUGUUCUCGUAUGAAUUUGCAACAUUGAUGUGAAUUUCAAGUGCUCAAGUAUGGAUUGACAUCCAAAAAAUCUUGAACUUGUUACAUUUGUGGGUUUUUUUUUCAGUUUUCUAAUAUAAAUGUAUAAAACCAAUUUCUUGAAUACCCAAUAUACCAGAAACCUUACCCUCAACUGUAUGAAUUUACACUUCCUUAAUGUCAACAAAAUGUAAGAUUUAAUUUACUUUUUUGAACUGCAUUACUUGUAAAUGGUGUGUGGAUUAAUAUUGCAAAUGUCUUUCAAAUGUUUAUUCCUGAAAAUACAGUGGCAAUUAAAACACUGACAUAUU